AAAUUGAAUGAACUUCCUUUUUAACAAAUUUUCUUCAGUGAGUGCACCAAAACCCAAUCCAAAAUCUCUAUGAAUCUAUAGUCAUUUUGCUUCUUCCAAUUUUUCAUUUUCGCGCUAAUUCUUCGUUCUUCGCCAUGAGAAUUGGUUCUCCUUCUUCAUCUUCCUCCCGUUGUUCGCGUUUCUGGUCGUCGGCGCUCCGAUCGAAGCGCCUCGUGUCGCCGGCGGAAAAGGCCGCCCGCGACAGCUCCGACCUCGGCCUCUCCCGCCGCCUCGGCGUUCUCGACCUCGUACUCCUCGGAAUUGGCGCCUCCAUCGGCGCCGGCAUCUUCGUCGUCACCGGCACCGUCGCCCGCGACGCCGGACCUGGAGUAACAAUAAGUUUUAUACUUGCGGGAGCAUCAUGUGUUAUAAAUGCACUCUGUUAUGCUGAACUAGCUACCCGAUUUCCUGCUGUUGUUGGAGGAGCAUAUCUGUAUGCGUACACAGCUUUUAAUGAACUUACAGCUUUUCUUGUUUUUGGACAAUUGAUGCUUGACUAUCACAUUGGGGCAGCUAGUAUAGCGAGAAGCCUAGCCAGUUAUCUAAUAAAUAUUCUAGAACUCUUCCCUGUUUUCAAAGAUAACAUUCCAAAAUGGAUUGGGCACGGUGAAGACAUUGGAGAUGUGCUAUCCAUCAAUGUCUUGGCUCCAAUUUUGCUAGUUCUUCUAACUUUUAUUCUCUGUCGGGGUGUUCAAGAAUCGUCUGUUGUGAAUUCUCUUAUGACAGUGACCAAGGUAAUCAUAGUUAUCAUCGUCAUUUUUGCUGGAGCGUUUGAGGUUGACGUUUCCAACUGGUCUCCCUUUGCUCCAAAUGGUUUAAAAGCCAUAUUUACAGGAGCUACCGUAGUCUUCUUUGCAUAUGUUGGAUUUGAUGCAGUUGCAAAUUCUGCCGAAGAAUCCAAGAGGCCUCAGCGGGAUUUGCCAAUAGGCAUAAUAGGAAGCCUCUUAAUAUGUAUUGCAUUGUACAUUGGAGUAUGCCUGGUGAUUACUGGAAUGGUUCCAUACAAUCUUCUAGGAGAAGAUGCUCCUUUGGCUGAAGCUUUUACGUCUAAGGGAUUAAAAUUUGUUUCUAUCCUGAUUAGUGUUGGUGCUGUUGCUGGACUUACAACAACACUCCUUGUUGGUCUCUACGUUCAGUCUCGGCUAUACCUUGGGCUUGGCAGGGAUGGCUUACUACCCUUAAUAUUUGCUAAAGUCCACCCCAAACGCCACACCCCUAUUCAUUCUCAGAUCUGGGUUGGCUUGGUUGCCAGUGUUUUGGCUGGGCUAUUUAAUGUGCAUGUGCUCUCUCACAUUCUUUCCGUUGGUACACUGACUGGCUAUUCAGUUGUCUCAGCGUGUGUCGUCGUUCUUCGCUGGAAGGACAAGACAAAUAGUCAAGUGUCAUCUUCUGCUGAGCGGGAAGGCGUAAUUUGCCUCAUUGCUGUCGCCCUUUGUGGAUUUGCUAGUGGGCUCUUGUAUCGUUAUGAUGCUUCAUUUAUUUUUCUGAUUCUGGCUUUAGUUAUUGCAGCUGGUGCUUCUGCUGCUCUUGUUUUCCGCCAGGGUUAUGCAGAUGCACCAGGGUUUUCUUGCCCAGGGGUUCCCCUUCUGCCAAAUAUUUGCAUCUUUUUUAACAUGUUCUUAUUUGCCCAGUUACAUCAUGAAGCAUGGGUGAGAUUUGUGAUUCUUUGUGUUGUCAUGGUUGGUGUUUAUGCAGUAUAUGGCCAAUAUCAUGCUAACCCCAGUGCAGAAGAGAAUGUCUAUCACAGGGCACCCGAGGAAGAAGCUCUAUGAGUCAUUUGUUCAAUAAUAUACAAUGUGUUCAUUGUGGGAUGGUUAAAAUGUAUCCAGCAAAUUAGCUGUUAUUCCUUCUGUUAGGAAUGUCCAUCUUGUAUGAAUAACUAUCUGGCUAUACUCGCUACUAGAUUGUAUAUGAUAUGGUCAGGUUAGCAUGUGUAUGAUGUAUCUCUUGUUUCCUACUUCAUAGAAAAAGAAAAAUCAUCAUGUAGUUUGUGCGAGUUUUAAGUUGAUCCAUCUUUUGCAUAUGUUGAGGCCUACAAUUUGUCAAAGAGAGGCUGCCCCAUUAAAGAAAUUGAUAUGUAAUAAUUUAUUUUAUUAUAUUUGUUUGUGUGUGUACCAAGGCUAUUUCUAGCUGA